AUGAUCUUUCAAUCAUACAAACCCCCACAUUCACCUGAUGAGGUGGCGAUGAUCCCGGGAGGGAUUACAGUGAACGCUGGGGAUUCUGAAUUAGUCAAAAGCUUGAAGGGUCACCAAAAGUUGGCCAUUGCGUACCCGGGCAUGGAGGCCAGGCUCGACAUCGUUCAAAUCAAAUUAAACCAUCCAAAACCCAAGAAAGACAGCCCUCCGCGAUUGGCGAACGUGCCGAUGCCGAUGCCUCCGGACGCCACCCUUCAGGCUCCCGCCACCACAUCCACACUCACGUACUCCACCUCGGCCGUGUUACCCUACCCCUUGGUGACGGAACACCAACAGACGGCUCCUCUUCCUUCCCCAAUCCGGCCAGUUGCCUCCACCGGGAGCCAGGGCGUCAUCCGCCGUGCGACACGCCACCCUUACUACACGCCGUACCGGCCCCCGCACGAGCGAUCCCCGCCACAGCGCGGCCUUCCCGACAGCAUGCAGCAGCACUGGAGCUACACGCCCAUGUACCCGAUGCAUGUUGCCGGUAUGGAGUCGCAGCAACACCCAUGGGGACCGCUCGCAGCAGAAGCUCAUGCACAACACGACGUCCAAGCAGCGUAUCACAACCCGCAAUGGGCCGCUUAUUCCGAUGCCUUGGGCAACGUCGUAUACCCCCCGCCACAUCCCGAGCUUCAAAUGCGUCGCGCGUUUCUUGGCGCUACUCAAUCGCGUCGAGCGUAUGAAGAUCACGCGCGGGAAACGUCUGGUCCCCGGGCGAUCUGGGCACCGACUGCCCUCCCUCAGCGCGCGUCGCCGGCCCAUCCGAGUUUCCGGCAGCCCAUGUUUAGUUCGGAGUGGCGACACCCUGAUGGUCCUGCCCGUGGAGGCCCAGUAGCGCCACAAUUGUUCCACCCCAAUGCGCGAAGUCUCGGCGCUGGCAACGCGGGCGCGACCGCCACAGCGCCAAUAUAUUCAGACUACAAGCACAACGGGCUAGCGCGCUCGCCAGAUCUUACGUCCCACAUGCCCAAGAAGGCGCGUCGUGCCAGUGGUCAAGGAGCAUCUCGUCGACGUGCCAAAGAGAGUGCCAUUCCUGCAGCGCGACCAAAGAGCGGCCGCACCUCUGAACCGAACCUUCUCAACCACAGCGCAAUCGGAACGUAUGACCACAUUGUGCCGGAGGAAAAUCUUGCCAUUCCACCAGCAAUGACUCCGCCUCAGGGUUUCCUCGAUGUCUCUCCUCAACUGAUGGCGAGCUCGCCGCUUGUCGUUGGCAACAUCACGGGACAUCCUCCGCAGCCCUCCCUUGUAGACGCAUACUCGCAAGAUCCCCUUCGCAAGGGGACCCUGGCUGCACACGUCAACUAUACCAUAGCGGCGUCAGCUCCCCCUACAUACACUCAGACGUCCGGAGUCGACCGUGCCGCACAGGUCGACGAGCUCUCCCACGGGCAAUACCUCGCCAACAACGUCUCUGUGACACAGCCAGGGGAUCGCAUCCAAGGGUUCUCCCCCAGGUGGCAAACGGAUCCCCCUUCGCCAUCACAGUCUUCAUGGUCUUCUCCUACAUCAAGCAUAUCAGAGGCGACGCAUGAACAACUUGUGGUCAGCGCUGUCCAUCCCUUCUCGACUAGCACGUACUCUGCACUUCAAGUACAACCCAUAGCGCGCUGGUACAGCUCCCCUGCAUGGCUGCCUCCUGAAGCCCGGAGAACCAUGGACCUCAAAGAUACAGUCGGGAGCGGUCUUCGUGGGCAGCUCGUGAUAUCCGGGCGAAAGCAGGCAAACGUGUGGGUCAAGGUGCCCUCUUCAGAGACGAGUCAAGCGGCGCUCGCGUCUUCUGCCGAGUUCUUCCCAAACGGGAAGCCCAUCGUGGCUCCGGUUAUAAUUCACCAACUUGCUGCGACCGGUAUCACCCCAUCCGGCUGGAUUCCGAAGAACAUCGUCGAUUCCGGGACGAGCCACUGCCCUAUGAAGUAG